AUGCACCGUACCCUUGUCAUCCGACGAGAAUACCUCCACUACAUCCCCAAGUACUCCCGUUACGAGAAGCGACACAAGAACCUCGCCGCUCACGUUUCCCCCGCCUUCCGUGUUGAAGAAGGUGACCAGGUCACCGUUGGCCAGUGCCGACCAUUGAGCAAGACUGUCCGAUUCAACGUUCUCCGCGUUCUACCACGCACCGGCAAGGCCGUCAAGGCAUUCCAGAAAUUCUAA